AUGCAUGCGGCUCAUCUUAUGAUUGAAGCUGUAGGUUGCAAUGGACAGAGAGACGCCUCAUUUCCAAUCUCGAAGGAUAGUUUCCGAUUGAUAAUACGAAGUGCAAUGAGUGUUCCAAAAGGCAGAUCGGCAAAUCUGAAUGAUGUCCUCAUUAGGUAUUAUAGCUCGAACAGUACUGAAAGCACUGCAUAUCUACUGAAAGAUAUCACAGGAUUGCUGUCCAAUCCUGGUUUUGAUCUCCAGCGACCAACAGUAUUGUAUGCACACGGAUACAUAGAGCUGAUAGAAGAUGAAAGCGUGAAGACAGUGGUGGAGGCGUACAGACAGAAUGGCGGUUACAAUAUUUUGAUACUGGAUUGGUCCAACCUCGCAUUUGGUUCUUACGUGCUUGUAGCUUUGGACUUGAAACAUGCUAGUGUUGGUAUUAGCAACGCCUUCAUGAAGCUCUUAAUGAAUGGUCUGAAUUUGGAAGGUGUUCACUUCGUCGGCCACUCCCUGGGGGCACAUCUCUUGGGUGGGGUGGCCAGGAAUUUGUCUGCGAGAGGAUUCGUCAUACCAAGACUGACGUGUUUGGACGCAGCGUACCCUGGCUUCUACCCUCCAGUUUUGUCAUCUUCUGUGACGUCAUCAGACGCAGCAUUUGUAGACAUGAUACACACGGAUGGCAGUGGUUACGGAACUCCGCAGGCCGGUGGUCAUAUUGACUUUUGGCCGAACGGUGGUACUGCCAAGCAACCUGGCUGCUUAUCUGCUACACUCUAUCUUACAUCAGAAGAUUUAUGCAGUCACUGGCGCUCCUGGGAGUUUUGGUCUGAAGCUGUGAUUGGUGGGGAAUUUCAUGCGCGUCGAUGUGGUUCCUAUGACAGUUUCCUAAGAGGAAAUUGUUCUGAGACCCAGCUAGCUGUUAUGGGACCCCACACAGAUGUUAGAUUACGGGGUAAUUUUUAUCUGAGGACAGCUACGCAGAAACCAUAUUCUCUAGGUAUGAGAGGAAUUGACUAA